AUGAAAUUAAUUUUAGCUGAAGAGUGCAUGUCAAUAAGCGGACUGCCCCACUUGGCGCACUUCCUGCUGCGCUCCGCCAAGUUUCAUCAGACACAUCUGGUGGGUCGAUUGAAACUCCUGGAGAAGCUUGUUGAGAUGCAUUGUGAGACUGUGGCGAAAGUGAAGAGCAGCGGAGGAGGAGGAGGAGGAGAUGUUGCAUGUAGCAGAGGAGUCACUGCCGCUUCGGUGUGCAGCAGGCGCAUCAGCUAUCGUCAUCUCUGCUCCAGUCUCAUCUUCGCUCGUCGACAUGUCUAUCCGCCUGAUCAGCCGGUUUUCCCUCACAACCUCGCCAACGAAGGCGCGAUGGCUCCUCAAUUCCGAAGGGCCAACUCCUCAACCGCUAACAAUUCAGCCAAUCCAAAUGCAUCCUCCUUGAAGGCCACUGGUAUCUCGGCGGAACAACAUGUGGAAGGUGUUCAAGUCAGCUCAUUUGCUUGUCUUAUGGAAGCCAACAUCAAGGCCAGUCGACUUGCUAGAAGAGUGUUCAUCGCGGUUGCACGGGCUUUGCUUCAGGAGCCGCGUUCACCUUCAACAACAACAACAACAACAGCAGCAGGAGGAGGAGGAGGAGGAAAUUCCUCCCUUCCAGAUGCUGAGAGUUUUGUCAAUGCUGAGAUCAAACUUCUUGACGUCAGUUUAGCUGCUAAGUUGCGCGCUAAAUUGUCAGAUCUCCUGUUAAUUACAAAUGCACCCACUGUAACUGCAGCGAAUCCGUUCUCUACGAAUAUGACAAUAAAGUCCCCACCUACGGUAGUGGCCCCAUCCAUUUUAAUGACUCCGACCACCUUUACCACACAGCCCCCUCCACCACCACCACCGCCACCACCACCACCACCCCCUGAAUAUGAAUUUCCCCCUAUCCCUCCUCCACGUCGAUUCUCCCAGACAAGCAAACCAACUCCUGCGCCUCAGCCCCCAGCAGAGAACACCCGUAUUAUAACACCCAAUGGGGUCCGAAUUGCCCUUGAACCCGCCUAUGACCACGUGGCUCUCUCGGAGACUGCGGGCGUCUAUAGUUCCAGUGAAGAGGAGGAAGAUGGGGACGUGGCAGACGAGGAACCUCUUGAAAAACUUGACUGGGAAGAGGUUGGAACUUCCCAACUCCCACAGCAGCAUAAACAAGAAAGAAAGCAGGUCUCAACCACAUCCGUUCUUCCAUCUGUUCCCACACCUGCCGAAUUAUCCGCUCUUAAAACAGCUCUUCGCAGAGCAGCAUGGUCUCCAGUCCCACUCGUAACUAUCCCUAAUCUUGCGCAAACACUGGAUGCUAAAGAUCCCCUGAAGACGGAAUAUCGGUAUAAAGAGGGAGUGGAUUGGCUCUUGGGCCCCUUUUUGGGGAAGGGUGCCUUCUCUUUGUGCUAUCAGGCGCGUGAUAUUCGCACAGGCACGUUAAUGGCAGUGAAGCGACUUCGGUUCGUGGGUGAAUCAGGAAGUGAGGCUGAAGAGCAGCUAGCAACAGCCAUGGAAGAAGUGGAAAUCAUGCGACGUCUCUAUCAUCCGAAUAUUCUCCGUCUAUUUGGCAUUGCCUACAACCCUGAGAAGAAACACGUGGACAUCUUCGUUGAGUGGAUGCCAGGUGGAAGCAUUACAAGUUUGCUCAAUCAGUACGGCGCUUUCACUGAAACUGUCUCCUUAGCGUACACUCUGCAAGUGAUUCGAGGAAUAUCUUGUCUCCAUAAGCACGGUAUCCUUCAUCGUGAUUUGAAAGGUGGGGGCUACUUAAUUACAGUAGACAAGCUCGAACUGUUUCAUUCAUUAACUCAAGUGCGCUUCGUUUCAGGUGCCAAUUUGUUAGUUGAUUGUACUGGGAGUGUAGUGAGGAUUUCUGACUUCGGUGCAUCUGCACGACUUGGUAGCCAAGGCAGCGUAUCAGGUCAAUUCCAAGGCCAAGUGAUUGGCACUUUUGCCUUCAUGGCCCCCGAGGUGCUAAGAGGCGAGACCUAUGGACGAGCGUGUGAUAUUUGGUCUGUGGGUUGUUGUCUUCUGGAGAUGCUCAGUGGCAAACCUCCGUGGAACGACUCUCGUCUUACAAAUCAAUAUGCUCUUAUGUUUACAAUUGCAUCGACUGACCAACCACCACCUUAUCCGAAAUCUAUAAGUCCCUCUGUUGAAAAAUUCCUUGAUUCGUGUUUCAAUAGAAUUCCUGAACAGAGACCUACUGCGAGACGUCUCUUACAACACCCAGUCUUUUCAGUCAUUACCUCAGCACAAGAGCCUUCCACAGACACCUCGAAGAUGAUUCCACUAAAUAGAACUUGCAGCAAUUUAUCAAAAAGCUUCACAGCCGUUAGUCUCUCCAGCAGCAACCACAGUUCACCUCGUGGCACAACUCGACAUCGCGCCCUCCCACCUGUCCCUCAUGAAAACUCUCUUCCACCUUCUUCCUCCAACAAAACCCAACCGAUUUCCCCCGCUCCUAAUUACGACAAGCUUGUGACUCCAAUGCCCCAGUCUCGUCAACACCAAGUGGUAGCCCAGCAGCGCAAAAUUUGCCGAAACCAAUGA